CUUUAAAGCUUUUACAUUUACCAUCAAAUCAAGCUGGUGUUGUUAGGGUUUCUACAUGUAUCCUAGUGAUUAAUUGUAUAAAUGUACGAAAAUGGGAUUCUUGCUAACCGUCGAGCUAACCUAAAAGCCGUCGGGAUAUGGCUAAAAUAACAGUUCGGGGGCGGUAGGACACAUAAUGUCUUAACGUCCCCAGCUAGCUUAGCCGGGGAACAAGAUGCUGCUGAAGAUGAAGCUGCUGAAAACCACCGACUACAUAGAGCUGGGCAGCUACCAGCACUGGCCGGUGCUGCUGCCACACAGGAUCCGGCUGUACACCUACGAACAAAUCCCCCUCUUCCUCAAAGAAAACCCCUACAUCACAGACGGCUACAGGGCCCACCUGACCUCCAAACUCUGUCUGAAGAGUAUAUUUAUUCUAUCUAAUGAGACUGUGAACAUCUGGAGCCACCUUCUUGGAUUCCUCCUUUUUUUCUCUCUCGGGGUCAAUGACCUCUCCUCAGUAUUACCAGCUGCUGGUGCAAACAGGGAGGACUACGUCAUCUAUGCUAUAGGACUCUUCUGCUUCCAGGUCUGCAUGCUGUGCUCAGUGGGCUACCACCUGUUCUCGUGCCACCGCUCAGAAAAGACCUGCCGCCGCUGGCUGGCGCUGGAUUACGCCGGCAUAUCUGUGGGCAUCCUGGGCUGUUAUGUUCCUGGGAUCUUCUACGCUUUCUACUGUAAUGCUUUCUGGCGGCAGGUCUACUUGCUGACCGUGCUCUCCUUGAUCCUGGCCGUCUUCUGCGCUCAGGUCCAUCCUCGUUACCUCAGCAACGACUGGAAGGUUAUUAGGAUGUCGAUCUUCUGUUGCGUGGCAGGCAUUGGGGUGAUUCCUGCCUGCCACUGGAUCUGGCUGAGUGAAGGGUUUGCAUCUGAUAUUGUGCAGCUGUUCCUGCCUCGUGUGAUCGGAAUGUACCUGAUAGCUGGAUCUGCGUUCCUGUUCUAUGCCACCAAAAUACCAGAGCGAUAUUUUCCUGGUCAGGUGAACUAUAUCGGCGCCAGCCACCAGCUGUGGCACAUACUGGUGGUGCUGAUGUUUUACUGGUGGCAUCAGACGGCUGUUGGUAUCAUGGACUUCAGACACAGCCGGCCCUGUCUCACCUGGUCUAACGGCAGAUAAGUGAACCCAGGCUGAAGCAUCACAUACUGUAAACGCAUGAUGCCUGUGAUGCUGACGCUGGUUAUUAUUACAUGCUGUCAGAGUCCCCUCACAGUGGCUUUAGAACAGUAAACGGAAAAAAAAAACUUAUCAAUGCAUGGAGCUGAAAUGUUCAAUGUUUUAUAGAAACUAACCUAAUAUUUUGAAAUGAUAUCAUUCUUGGGUUGUUUUAUUUAUUUUAUUGUGCAGAGGCAUUCAGAUAAUGGGAUUGAUUUGGAUCAAAUAUGGUUGCCUGCAUGAAAUCUGCCUUUUUUCCUUAUGCAUUAUUUUAAUCUAUCUGUAUGAAAUGAAUACUGUUGUUUUUAUAAGUGUUAUUUUUUUAAAAAAAGGGUAGUGAGCAGAUACAAAUAGGAAUAGACAGGAUGUGCUGUUGGAUGUACUCAAACUUGUGGGAACUUUUUUUCCGUUUAGUGCUUCUUUUUGUUCAGUUUCUCUCAUGGAAAAGGAAAUCAGCAGUGAUGGCAUUAAAUCCAAAACCAUUGCUUUAGUUAAAAUUAAUAUUUUUAUACUUGAAGCUACCCUCUCAGGCUAAAUCUUGAGCAGCAGAGCCAAUCCCAGAGCACAGAGACCCCAAUCUUCCUACUCUCACCGAUAAUCAAACCAGCCUUUGAUGCUAUCAUAUAGGUUUUCAUUUAGCUUCACAUUUUUUCAGAUUUAUUCAUUAUUUUUGUUUCAAAAUGCAGCUAUAAGGAAGAAAUCAGAAUGAAUUAUCACACUUAGGCAAUAAAGGACGACAUGUGGAGAGAAGCCUGUUAGCAUUAGAGAAUUACUGGGUUUACAUUGUUCCUCCAGUAAACAAGUGUUCAUUUUCUUUAUCCUCUACCACCAAGUGUGUAAUGAUGUAAUAUGUAAUAUGAUUUUUUUGUGCAUGAAGGACUGAAUGAAAUAGACCUUUAGCAACUAAUCAUAUUGAAUAAUAUAGGAAUUGAACAGUUUUUUUUUUUUUUUCAAAGCAUGUUAGCACUUUAUGUGCAAUUGUCUAAUGUUUUUCCAGGCACCUUAGUCAUCCAUCUUUCCGAGUAUGAUUUUUAAGCUCCAAAGAAUUGGUUUUAAGAUUGGUCAGAGUUGAAAAAGGAUUGCUGAAAUGACAGAUUAGAAAGGUAAACGAGUGUAAUCCUGCGAGGCUGUAGUUUUGUGACUCAUUUACAUAUAUACAGUAAUCACAGAAAUAUGCUGACUGCCAACCUUACUGUAAGUUUUACUCUCUGGUGGAUUGUGGGGGUGUCAGUUUGAUAUUUGACUGCUGAAGUAAACUAUACACCAGAUGCAUCCUAAUCAAAAUCCAAAAUAUCUGCUAAUUAUUAUUAAACUUUAUUUAACCAGGGGGAAAAAAUCCUUGAGGUUAAAAACCUUUUUUUGAAGGGAGUCUUGGCCAAGAGGCAGCAAAGUUACAUACUGAACCGAAAUGCAUUAAAUGAAAUGACAGGUACAUAAAAAACAUAUGAUGAAAAACAAUGACAGAUAAUUUAAGCCGUUUCAAAUUCUUUCAUUUUCAACUGUAAAGCAUUUAAGGAUAAAAACUCAGUCAGCUUCUAGUCUGUUUGUAAAACAUUCCACACACAAGGAGCUGCAUAGAUGAGGGAUUUUUCUUCCCUAGAUCUGUGUGGGCAAAAGGAGCAGUGAGCAACAGCUGAUCAUUUGGAUCUAAGGGAAUAAGAGGCCCUGCUUUUCUGUAUAAAUAAAGUAUGAAUGUAAGAGGACAGUGAUCCAAGAAGGGCCUUAUAAAUAAAAGAGUAGCAAUGACACUGCCUUCUCAUAGAGACAGAAGGUCAUCCCAUUCAAGAGUACAGCUCACAGUGAUGUGUCACGGUUUACAGUUUGUGAUGAACCUUAAUGAAGCAUGGUAAACAGUCCAAGAUUUGAAGACAUGAGAAAGUAGCAUUCUUAUAAAAAAAGGUCACCAUAAUCUAAGACCGAUUAAAAAUUGGCAGAGACGAGGCGCUUUUUUUACUCCAAAAGAAAAAAAAACUUAUUACGAAAGAAGAAACCCAAUUAAAGUUUCGAUUUCUUCACAAGUUUAUCAAUAAAAGGUAACUUCGACGACUUCGCCCACCAGUGUUGAAACUACUGCCAGGGUUUAAGGGACCUUCUUGUGAUUCUAAUAUCAAUUACAUCUUCAAAAUGUGGCUUUGAUAAAAUAAAUACAUCCUGCAGAUUUACUGCAUACCCGAGGAAAGAUGUUCAAAUGAAUUAUCUUAGUUUUCAGCAGCAAAUUUCUGUGUUUACCUGCAGUGUAAAUUGAGAUGGCAAAUACAGCUGCUUUGCUUUUAGCUAAUUUAAGACAAAGUGUGGUAAUAAUGGACCAAUUUGUAAUUAAUAAUUUUAAUAGAUUUGGUAUUUAAAAAUCCCAAACGUUAAACCUUUCUU